CGAUUAUGGCCUCUUAAUUGGGCCUUUCUUCAUUAGAUGUUCCGACGAAAGUUUUGAAGCUUGCAAAUUUCCUAAAGGUUAUUCGAUAAAUUCUCCAAGCACUUGUAAAAAUAUACUCCGGAUUGCUCGUGCGUUGGCGUCAAAUAAGCCAAUAAUGUUAGAGGGUAGUCCUGGCUCUGGUAAAUCAAGUUUAGUGAUGGCAUUAGCUGCAGCAACUGGUCAUAAAUUAAUUAGACUUAAUCUUUCUGAACAGACGGAUGUUUACGACUUGUUUGGAACAGACGUUCCUGUUGCUCAAUCUAAUGGAAAAUCAGCCACGUUUGCUUGGCGUGACGGUCCAGUUCUUAAAGCUAUCAAAGAAGGCAGUUGGAUUUUAUUGGAUGAGAUGAACCUGGCUUCUCAGUCUGUUCUUGAAGGCCUUAAUUCUUGUUUUGAUUUUCGGAAGAAUAUUUACAUUAGCGAAUUAGAUCGCACUUUUGAUGUUGAUGCUCGUAAAUGUCGCUUUUUCGCUUGUCAAAACCCUCAUAGUCAAGGUGGUGAUCGGAGGGCAUUGCCAAAAUCAUUUGUUAACCGAUUUAUUUCAAUUUUCAUUGAAGAAAUGACUGACGACGAUUUUAUUUUUAUUUUGACUGAAUAUUCUAAAACAAUCCCGAAUGGAAAUUUAUAUCUUUCUAAUGAACUUAUUGCAAAAAUUAUUUUAAUUAACAAACUCUUCAAAGAAACCAAUACUCUUGUGAAAAAUAGCUUUGAAUUCAAUUUACGAGAUUUAUUCCGAUUUUUGGAGGCAAUUGUUUUGUUUCGUGGAAAUGUAGACUUCAGUUUCGAUUUGGUUUAUUUAAGUCGUUUAACAUCUAAGGAGGCUAAGCAAAAGGUUUGUUUUCUAAAUUUACCAUUCUAUAUUGAAAAUUUAAUGAAUCUCAUUUCUGAAAUUCUUUAUCAAUUAAAAAUUUGUAAAAAUUCUAACAAUAAAACUUGGCAAGAUAGUUAA